ACUGGAGUACGGACCAACCACCGUUUAGUACGUCACCAUUUCGUCCAAUCGGCGUGGGGUGGGAGGGCGGGGCGCGCAGCCGGAGGGCUGGAGCUGGGCCUGCUCCGGGUCGGGUCUACUGAGCGAUGCCGUUGUGGUGGUGGUGGUGAUCCGAUAAUGCAAUGGCGCUCGAUAGUGCUGGGCCUCCUGCUGUUGAGGCUGGGCCUCCACCUCACCCUUUGGCUCCUCUUCGGCUUCGGGCCCAGCCUGGGAUUCUACCAGAGCUUCGUGCCCUUUCGCUUCGGCUUCAGUGUGGUGCGGCAGGCCGAGGCUCAGGGCCAGGCCGCCAAGAAGCCGUCAUGGUUUGACCAGACUUGGGUACGGGGACAGGCCGCGGGUGGACACUCCCUGGCGAGAGGGGAUCCGAUGGUGUGUAAGAGGCGGCUGACUUCUGCCUCCCGGCCCGCCGGGCCUGGCUACAAUUUCCUGGACAGCUUCGGAGAGUACAGCCGCAAGUACAGCGCCUUCCCCGAGCCGCAGCGCCGCCGCAUGAAGGAGGCCGCCCUGCGUAUGUUCUACUUCGGCUACGAGAACUACAUGGAGCACGCUUUCCCGCAGGACGAGCUCAAUCCCAUCGACUGCCGGGGCAGGGGCCCCGACCGGGAUAACCCUUCAAACAUAAACAUUAAUGAUGUCCUUGGGAACUAUUCUUUAACACUGAUCGAUGCACUUGAUACUUUGGCGGUUUUGGGCAAUGCUUCAGAGUUCAAAAGAGCAGUGAAGCUUGUGAUUACCACGGUCUCCUUUAAUAAAGAUUCAACAGUGCAAGUCUUUGAAGCAACUAUCAGGAUUUUAGGAAGCCUGCUCUCUGCUCACAUGAUUAUAAUGGAUCCUGCUCAGCCAUUUGGAAACAUGGCUCCAGAGGGUUAUGAUGAUGAGUUGCUUCACCUAGCUCGUGAUUUGGCUGUGAGAUUGUUGCCAGCAUUUGAAAACACCAAAACUGGCAUUCCUCAUCCAAGGGUGAAUCUAAAGAAGGGUGUGCCUUCUACUUGUCUUAAUGAAACCUGCACUGCUGGAGCUGGUUCUCUGCUUGUGGAGUUUGGAAUCCUUAGCCGCCUCAUUGGGGAUUCUACUUUUGAGUGGGUAGCUCGCCAAGCAGUGAGAGCGCUCUGGAAACUGAGAAAUGAUGAGACGGGACUCUUAGGGAAUGUAGUAAAUAUCCAGACAGGACAAUGGGUUGGGAAACAGAGUGGAUUGGGAGCAGGAAUGGACUCUUUCUAUGAGUAUCUUCUGAAAUCCUACAUAUUGUUUGGAGAAAGUGAAGACCUGGAGAUGUUUAAUGCUGCAUAUGAAAGCAUUCAAAAUCAUCUGAGAAGAGGGCGUGAAGCUUGUAAUGAGGGAGAGGGAGAUCCUCCACUUUAUGUUAAUGUGAAUAUGUUGAAUGGCCAACUAAUGAAUACAUGGAUUGAUUCACUACAGGCGUUUUUCCCUGGUCUUCAGGUUUUAACAGGGGAUGUAGAAGAUGCUAUUUGCCUUCAUGCCUUCUAUUAUGCCAUAUGGAAACGAUAUGGGGCUCUUCCGGAACGGUACAAUUGGCAACUUCAAGCACCUGAUGUGAUGUUUUACCCACUAAGGCCUGAAUUAGUUGAGUCUACUUAUCUACUGUAUCAGGCAACAAAAAACCCUUUCUACUUGCAUGUGGGAAUGGAUAUCCUUCAAAGUCUGGAGAAGUACACCAAAGUCAGGUGUGGUUAUGCUACACUUCAUCAUGUAAUAGACAAGUCAAAGGAAGACCGAAUGGAGAGCUUCUUUCUCAGUGAGACCUGUAAAUAUUUAUAUUUGCUAUUUGAUGAAGACAACCCAUUGCACAGAUCAGGGAGCAAAUAUCUUUUCACAACAGAAGGCCAUAUUUUGCCAAUAGAUAAACUUUUUAGAGAAAAGCCUUGGGAAGAUGCCUCUAAAGAAGAGGGUACUGUAGAUAACUCCAGUGUGCUGGACCACAGACCUGCUAAUUCCAGUAUCAAUUGCAGCAGAGUCCCCAGUGAGAGGAGAUAUGCGCUACCCUUGAAAGGAGUUUACAUGCAGCAGAUUGACCAGAUGGUGGGACUUCUUUAAACCGACCUCAUCUCUAAUGCACAGAUGUCCAGGGACAUAACCUUCAGCUAUGCAACUUUUUUUUGUGUAUAAAUGUGUUAGCAUUUAUUUAUUAAGAUUUUUACAACUUCUCUGGAAACAUUUCUAGGACAUGUAAUUUCAUCUCCACAAUACUGAUUUUACAUAUGUACCUUGCUUCAAUGUAAGGGGAAAAUGUUUUUGUUAAAAUAGGUGGGUUUUUGAUGCACGGUGUCUUCUAUGAAGGCAUAGGAUUAAUUUGUCUAGAAAAAAUUAAGAUGUAAAAGACUUGUGCUAGAUAUUUGUUUAAAUCCACUUUUGUAAUUGCCCUGUCUUAAAUGUGCAACAGUAUGAAGUAAGAAAGCUUCAGUGAACAUUAUGAUAUCCAAAUUUAUACUGAUGCAUAUGCUUCACAUUGGUGUAAGAAUCAAGCAAUGCUAUGAAGAAAUGCACUGUGAAAGAGCAUUAAUACACGAGUCAGUUUGUCUAGUUUGAUGCUGAGUGUCUUUGGCAAAAGGGUGUAAUCAACUCUGGAUUUGGCUAACGUGCCUUUAAACUAUCAGUGCAUUUAACAAAAGUAUCUAGUCUCAUGUCUGUCUGGGCAUCAAACAAUAUUGAUUUUUGUUAGCUUUUUCAUGUGCGUUCCGUGUGUAUUACUCCGAUGGUUGGGUUCCUGACUGGUUGAGGACUGCAUACAACGAAAUGUGCCAUAAUCACAUUCGUUAACCACAUCGAUUUAUUUUUGUGAAUGAUUUUAUGUGAUCUGUGUUCAGAGAGUAAAGAUGCUUUGGAUCGUGUUUAUACAUAUGAAAGCAGCUGAGAUAUUAUUGCUUGCCACAACAUGAUAGAAAGCAUCUACAACUUGACUUUUUGAAGGGAUUGGGAUGUGUUGGAACUCUGUUCAUUACUUCACCCACAUUGAUGCAGAUCAGUUUGAGAGCUCUAAAAUUCAGAUCAGUUUCUAGUGCUGUCUGGUGUUGCAGAAUGAUUCCUACAGAAGGGCAUCUUAAAAUUGUUGGGUUUCAUUUUGAUAACAUUUGCCAUUAGAAAUUUCGUAGAACUUUUGGCAAAUUAUAAAUGCUAACUUUGAAUUUCACUGCCAACUCUAAGCUCUUCUGCAUCAACAGUGAACCUGUCAAAUACUAUGAUGAAAGUUAACCUUCCACAGAUGGGCAAUUACUGAAUUACAAUCCCCAUUUUGUAUCUGUCGUUUUGACCUUGGAUGGGGAUGGUUUAAAUGGAAUAGAUUUGGCUAUUGCAAUAGAACAUUUAUUAACCUCUUCAACAAAGCAUGAACCAAUAGCUUUCUUACACUUCCCAAGCUCCCUUUUGAUUGGUUAUUUCCUGAUUUUUUGUAUUUGAACAUUUUUAAAAAUUACAUCACAUUUCUUUUCAAGUGAGAGUGUGUGCAUGUGUGCGUGUGCGCGCACAUGCAUAUUUUCUUUCUGUUCUGUCAUUGGAAAAUUCAUGUGUGAAAUUAUGAAUAUUUCAGAACAGACAUCUUUUAUGUGCUCCACUGCACACCUAUUGAGUUUUCCCGAACAGGUUGGAGAAGAGAGUGGAGGAGGGUAACUUACUCAAAGUCUAACUUGAUGGGUCCAGAAAAUGAAGAUUAACAUUUUAAGAACAAACAUUUAUGUAGUUCAUGAUGAUGGUGUGCCUUAGCAUGGAGGUUGACUCAGGGUGUCCAAAUUGGCCAAAGGGGAAGUGAAGGAAAUGAGUAGGGUAAACAUUGAUGAUGCCAUGAGACAGCACCUUGUUGCGGUUGUGUCUUCUAACUGAGCUUCAGCAGCUGUCUCUUGCCAACAUCACUUACAUAUGUAAUGUUCCACUGCUUAAUCCUGGUAUUUCCAAAUGUUUAAGUGGCUUGUCUUUCAGCAGCAUACUCAGCUGCUCUCCUGCUCUGCCCCAUCCCUUUGCUCCUCCCACUCCCCCUUUAUCUUUGCUCUCCUCUCACUGUGCUCUCUCUCAGUAUCUCUGCCCAGCCUUCUCUCUCACCCCUGUGCCUUCUCCUACACUUCCUCUGGCCUUCCUUCCACCAUGCUUUCUUGCCCUUCCCCCGUUCCUCAUCUUUCCUUGGGCACUCUCUGACUUCCUCCUCCUCAUGUUUGUUCCAGCUAUAACCCUAAUCUUAUUUUCUCUCCUUCUGCUUUGAUCUGCUGCCUCUCUUUUCCCCUCUUCAAUUUGGCCUGCCUCCAUUUAUUCACAAACCCCCUCACUCCUCCUCAAAGAUAAAGAAUUUUAUUUCUGUUCAGUCUCUCCUUGCUGAGUCAAAUGAGACUAGGAAUGAAGGGGAGUGAAGUCAUGGCCCAGCCUUGCUUGCUCUCUCCAGUAACGAGCUGCAAACUUCACAUAAGCGUGUCAUUUAUACUUUGCAGUCUAUUAGUAUUACUGUUAUAAGUUUAUCCAUUUCCUUCCCAACCAAUAUCUUUGCUUAUUUGGAUGAUCCUGUAGUUUACCUGCUAUUUUAAUUUUAUCAGUCACUUGAUGUUAACCAUUGUGCAGUCAUAAGUAAUCCUCCAGUUAUACACUUAUUUAUGUGAGAGUUAGAGAAGUCUGAUUAGGACACAACUACAUGAGAAUCUCCCUUCAGUUAUGUGUGCAGUGAUGAUGCCAAAUGUGGUUGGAUGGCCAAAGUUUUAACAUUUUAGGUGAUUUCCAUUUCAAUGUGACCUUUUUCAUAAUUGAUCAAUCUGACUGUCGUGGUAGAGGGUGACAAAGCACAUGAGAUCUGCCUCAUUUUUAACAUUGGUAAGGUUACUUGUGGAACAUUGUUUUCUUACAAAUAAUAGUAUUUACUCAAAAGCAGGAUGUUUAAUAUAAAGGACAAUGCUGAACUAUCAAUGUUUACCAAAAUCAAUGUGCAAUACUGUUGUAUAGAAGAAAAAUUGUAUAAAUUUUAUUUUCCCAGAAAUGAGCAAUGAUAUUAAAGUGUCAAAGGACCAAACCGA